AUGAAAUUUACAUGGACUCUCUCUGUUGGAAUUAUAAGGCCUUCUUGGAUAGAAUAGCUGGCUUAUUUAGUUAAGAUCCUAGUUUCCAUUAUCUUGUUACCAGGCAAUUGAAAAUGGGAUGAGACUUGUUAUUCCUGCAGUGCUCAUGGACAGAAAGUUUGACUUAUACCCCUCAUCCUGAGGAGAUGUGGAUGCUAAUGAGGAGGAUAAAGACUAUGCUAUGCUGGCGAAAGAGAUCGGUGAUUCUAUGGAACAAAAGCAGUGCAGUCAAAGGUUUUGAUCGGCUUUAGAUUAAAAUUGAACAUAGUCUUGUCAUGCCAAGAUUGCAAAAAACAAGCAGUACUGCAUCUGGACAAAACUUACAUCCAGUAAGGCUUCCUCUGCUCUUUAUCAUCUUUCUCCUGAUGUUACAAGGCAUGAUUUAUUGUGAGUAGCACAAAUAUGUUUAUGCAUCAAUUAAUAGAAUAAUUGGACAACUGCAUUUCAGUUCAAAUUUCAUCAUUACUGGUGCCCACUACGUGCUAAUAAGAGAAAUCCUAUCUCCACUCCCAUUUGCAUACUUGUAGAAACACCUUCGAUAGGCACCCUUUUUCUUCGAUAACUAUUAAGAUGUAUGGAAUAUAUACUAGGCUUUUUGCUUUAUUUGUUGAAAAAUAUUUUUUAGAAAAAUGAAAUAGGUAUUGCUAUGAUGUUUACGACAUUGAAAGUAAUAGUGCACUUCUCAUUUCUUCGAUUGUAUAUGUUGUAAUAGUUGACGAGUAAUUGAUUGUUUAUGUGUUGAGUUUUAUAUAUAUAUAUAUAGAAUCAAUCAUUUGAUAUGCAGAGUAGAGGAGAAUGUAGAUGUUGAAUUUGAGGAUGAUACCAUACUUUCAGGUGGAUCACUAGCCAAGAGGGAAGUUUCACCCAUAAAAAAAAAAGGGAACCUGGAUGUUUGGAGACGAACACAAUGCCUAACAGUGGCAGAACUACUAAAGCUUCUUCAAACUCAGUUGUACCAAAAUGGUAUCAGAGCUUUGCCAUGGAUCAACGGGUGACGAGGUUGGAGAAAACUAUUGAGUCCUUCAAUGGAAAUGGGGAGUUGUUACUACAAUUAGUAGACACUGUAAACAAGCUCAAUAUUAGGAUGGAAGAAAUAGCCAGUAGCUCUCAAGUGUCAAAGCAUGUCAAUGAGGUGACAGAGCACUCCACAUCGCCAAGUCGCAUGCCAGGUGUUCAACAAAAUAACAGAGAAGGCCAAAGUAACCAAUCCACUAAUUCUUUUAUGCCCAAGACUUUGAAAAUUGAUUCUCCUUGUUUUGAUGGCCAGAGUGAUCCUACUAUUUGGUUAUUUAAAGCUGAACAAUUCUUUCAGUUACAUGACAUUCCAACGAGUGAUCGAGUUGCUCUUGCUUCAUUCCAUUUUGAGGGGGACGCCUACCUAUGGUACCAAUAGUUGCAAUAGGAACAAGUGUCUAUCUCAUGGGCAGAAUUUAAAGAAGGAAUGAACUCAAGAUAUGGACCAACUCAAUAUCUUGAUUUCUUUAGCGAGCUUACAAGAAUGCAACAGACAAGCUCAGUUUAAGACUACUAAGAUAAGUUUGAGAAAUUUUUGGCGAAAGUUGGACUGCUGGAACAAGCUCUUCAAGUUAGUUGUUUCAUAGGGGGGCUACAAGAUUCUAUUCACACGGAUGUUAAAGCUAACAAGCUAGGCACUUUAUCAUCAGCUACUGGGUUGGCACGACUUUAUAAAGCACGAGACCUCGACCAACCCAAGCUUAGUCCAGUAGCUACUCGACCUGUACCGAAACCAUUACAACGCACCACUCUCAUCAAAAGAAUGACACUGGAAGAAUUGAAUGAAUGCAGACAUAAAGGAUUGUGUUUUAAAUGUAAUAAGAAGUAUGGUCCUGGUCAUGUAUGCAAGAAACUCUUUAUGAUACAAACUACAUUUAGUGAUGAUGACAUCGAAAUGGAGGAAGAUGGAAUCUCAGAAGGUUAAUUGCUUGGAAUUUCAUUAUAUGCUAUUGCAGGGCUUCGUGCUCCCAACAUUAUGAGAGUUGAGGGUCGUUUGGCUCAUCAACCUAUCAUUGCACUAAUUGAUUCAAGCAGCACCCAUAACUUUAUGAGUGAACAGUUAGCCAAGAAUAUUGGGCUUCAACCGGUACCUGAAGGACACUUGGAAGUGAUGGUGGCCUUAGGAGGAAGGUUAGCAAGUGCAGGUAAAUGUAACCAAACUCAUUUAAUUCUACAGGAAAACUCUAUGUUGAUUUUUA